AUGACGGCCACCAAGGAAGCAAAGCCCAAUGGAAAACCCCCUGCUGGCAACUGGGAGCCCCAGCCGGGGGUGCCGGAUCCUAGGAAAGUAUGCAGCUGCAGUUCCAAACAACUGGAAAAACACUGGCAGCACUACCGAUCACCCUACUUCCCUCCACCACAAAACCCCAGGCCAACGGAGCAAAAGAGACAGGGCAAGACCCAGAACGGCGCGCGCCCCCGCCAACCCCCACGCCCGGCGCUGCACUGGCAUCCCCGGGGCGCGUCCACCUCCCAGGCUUCCCCGACCGUCCGACUCCCCGGGGCCAGCUCCUCCUGGAAGCGAAACCGACGAGCGAGGGCGCGGAAACGCAAUGAAUCACUGAAAUUCGGAGCUGUCUCACCUUUCGGGGUGACUGUGGCCCGCAAUCCCCGAGAAGGAGGGAGCUCUCCUCCCAGAUUUGGGGAAGUCCAAGGAGACGCGGGGAUCAGAGGGCGACCGCGCUCGCUCGGUCCCAGCCCCAGGUGCUGCUCCCGAGGAAGGGCUGGCUCCCCACCCUUCGCGGACGCGGGACGGGAGGGCGGGAGAGAGGCAAGGAAGGAAAUGGAGGACGCGCUUCAAAGCGCCCACGGGGGCGCAUCCGCGUCUGUCCCGCCCGGUCCCGGGCCGCGCUUCCCGGCCACGCCUCUCGCGGCCCCGCGGGCGCCCCGAAGUCACCCGCCCUCCACUUCGGUCCCGGCCCCCCGCGCAGCCGCGUGGCUCCAGCCAUGUCGCCCGCCCCCCGCUGAGUGCACCCCGCGCGGCCCGCCGCUCCCAGCGCCCCGGGUCCGACCCCGCGCCCCCUCCCACGGAGACAGGAAGUUCCGCGCCGCGCGGCCUGACAGACUUCGCCACGGGCGCGAGGGCGGCCUGACAGGACGCGGGCGCCGCCGCCGACCCGCUGCCCCGCGUCCCGCCCCGCCGCCUAGCCCGCGCGCCCCUCACCUCCACUGCCGCGCGCCCAGCUCCUGCAGUGACAGCGCCCUCCAACCUCGGCUCCGACUCCCGCCUCGCUCGCUCGGGCCGCGCUGCCCAAGCCCUGCCCAGACCCGCCGAGGCCGCUUCUGCCGCCAGCUGCCACCGCACCGCCCCCGCCUCGCCCGAGCAGCCGUGAUGUCCUGUACCAGCCUUCCUCUCCCGUCCUUUUGGAGCAGCCUGGAGUCCAGUGCUGUCUCCACCCCACUCUAG